CUCAACUUAUCUGUUCUGACAGGAGUCAUCAUGCCUGAUCCACCCAAAGCAGCGAAGAAAGGCUCUAAGAAGGCCGUUUCUAAGGCCACCAAGUCCGGCAAGAAGAGGAGGAGGCCCAGGAAGGAGAGCUACGCCAUCUACGUCUACAAGGUGCUGAAGCAGGUCCACCCUGACACCGGCAUCUCCUCCAAGGCCAUGGGCAUCAUGAACUCCUUCGUCAGCGACAUCUUCGAGCGCAUCGCCGGUGAGGCCUCCCGUCUGGCUCACUACAACAAGCGCUCCACCAUCACCUCCAGGGAGAUCCAGACCGCCGUCCGCCUGCUGCUGCCCGGGGAGCUGGCCAAGCACGCCGUGUCCGAGGGCACCAAGGCCGUCACCAAGUACACCAGCUCCAAGUAAACCUGCUGACACUCCAACAACACAACGGUCCUUUUCAGGACCACA